GAUAAGCCUGAGCCCCACCGGUUUAACUUACAUCGGAGGCGAUUUCUAAGCCAGAAGAAGAGCAACCUUCCAUCUUUCGAGCUGCAUUCCGCCAAUUUGCCUGAUUAGCACAUUCGGAAUGGCACCGUCAUUAGAGGCAGAAGAGCCCGUCGAAGAGGUUCUUGCGAAUCCUUUGAAACAAAAGCCGCAACUUGUUGCACCGGAGCCCGAACACUGCCCCGGCCCCGAGUCGGAGCAAGCUGGCACCGCCGAUUCCUGCGCCGGAUGUCCGAACCAGAAGAUAUGCGCCUCCGCGCCCAAGGGGCCAGACCCCGAUAUACCAUUGAUAACAGCCCGUCUCUCGGGCGUCAAACACAAGAUCCUCGUUCUUAGCGGCAAGGGCGGUGUCGGGAAGAGUACCCUCACAGUCCAGCUGGCGCGCGCCUUCGCCACCAACCCGGACACCCAGGUCGGCGUGAUGGACACAGACAUCUGCGGACCGAGUAUCCCCAAGAUGUUGCGAGUCGAAGACGAGAAAGUACACGUCAGCAGCACGGGGUGGUCACCCAUCUGGAUGGACAAUCUCGCUGUCAUGUCGAUCCAGUUUAUCCUACCGAGCCGCGACUCGGCCAUCAUCUGGCGAGGGCCGAAGAAGAACGGAAUGAUCAAAAAGUUUCUUAAGGACGUUGACUGGGGGGAUCUCGACUUCCUGCUUGUCGACACACCGCCCGGGACAAGCGACGAGCAUCUUAGUGUCAACACGUUCCUCAAGGAGAGCAACAUCGAUGGCGCCAUCGUCGUCACAACCCCCCAGGAGGUUUCGCUACUGGACGUGAGGAAGGAGAUAGACUUCUGCCGGAAGGCGGGCAUCAAGAUCCUGGGCCUGGUGGAGAACAUGUCGUUGUUUGUGUGCCCCAAGUGCGCGCACGCGACCGAGAUCUUCAAGGCAACGACUGGUGGCGGAGGGGCGCUGGCGGAGGAGAUGGGCAUUCCGUUCCUGGGGUCAGUACCGCUUGACCCCAGGAUAGGCAUGUCGUGUGACUUUGGUGAGAACUUCUUCGAGCAGUUCCCAGAUAGCCCGGCGUGUGUCGCCCUGAAGCAGGUGGUCAGGGGUUUGGCGGGGGAAAUGGGCCUCGACCCGGAGGAAGUACUUCCAGAGGGAGAGGAAGGAGACGAGGUUAUGACGGGGGGCUAACCCGAGGUAGAAUGUCACAUAUGCAAAGAACUGGUUUAGACCAUAUUUCAUG